AUGUCAUUGGUUGGGGAGGAGUUUCCUGAGCAUGUAAGUGUAGCUAUGAUUGUACAUUCCCACUGGUUUAUUUCUCAGUUUUGUCUGCAGUGCUGACACGUCUAACAAAUUAUACCCACCAAAUGCAAACACUACAUUGAUGACUAAAUAGUCAGUUAAUUUAUAAAAUAUGUAUCCACUGGCUACUACUACACCGUACAUGAGCAGUAUUCUCAUUGACUUGCGCACACAUUGUCUGCUAUCUACACCACAGUGCACAGAGGGUGGCUCUAUUCAGUUUGGUGUCGGCGAAAACCAUCAACUGUGAAAGUGUGAUUGUUAGGGAAAAUGAACCUCCACUAGUACAAUAUUCCCAUCCUGUUUAUUUUGCAUUUAUAAGCACUCAUUAUUGUAAUAUUGUACUCAUAAUAUGCCACUUCCAUCCCCCUCAUCUCAUCCAAAAAAAGAUGGAGGAUAAUUUCCAAGUCAUUUUUCCAGUCUCAGACAGUGCAAUGCCUAAACACUCCCCACACUCUGACCAUGAAGUUAAUUUCAGCCUGUCAGUUCCAGGCUGUUUUUAUUUAAUUAAAGGUUAAUGGAGUCCCUCUGUCAGACCGUUGAAUCUGUGUAAUCCCCCUUAGGUGCCCCUCCGAGCUGAGGAGAUCACUAUCCCAGCCGAUGUCACUCCAGAGAAGGUGCCCACACACAUAGUGGACUACUCAGGUGAGGCGCUGCUCGCUCAGUGGCCUAAUACACUGAACCCACCACUCACUCUCUUGCUGUAGUCUGUCUGUGUAUGUGCCUGUGCAUCUCUCUUUAUAAAGACCAAAUAUCUCCCUAGCCACCAGAAUGUCUUGUCUGCAAGCUAACAGAAUGGCUGAUUACGUGUAAUUGCAUGAUUAUCAGUCCAAUUCAGUGCUGCUGCUGAUGUGGUGCUGUAACUGUUAUCACCUGGUUAUCAGUUGAUUAAAUUGAGUGCAUUGUUUUGGCCCUACAGAAACGGAACAGACUGAUGAGGUCCUCAGAGAGGAGAUUAUCAAGGUAAGGCUAGUUCUCAGUGUUGACCCACCUUAUCACUAGCUGAACGUUCAGAGGUGAAGUUUCCCCUAGGUGCAGAUCUAGGAUCAGCUUCCCCUCCCUCAAUCCUAACCUUAACCAUUGUUGGGUAAAAUACUAAACUGACCCAAGAUCAGUGUCUAGUGGAAACUUCACCCUAGACUUAGCUGAACAGGUAGUGCUGAGCUAUUAACCGAAAUGUCUGUUAUUUUUCAGUUUUUAAACAACUAAUUGACUGAUGUCGGUUCAAUUAUUCCAUGUAGUUUUUUUCUGUACGCUCAAUGCGCAGAAAACAUGAACAUUUACUACAAUGACCAUAAUCCAUUGCGUGGCUACUUGUCUGGUCUGUGUUUCUUUUAUGCCACGUAAGAGAUAGAAGUAUGUGCGAUCAAUAGGGGAUACAUAGAGAGCAGUUGCUUUGCGAAGUAUUGUUAUUCAGCAGUCAUAAAAGUAUGCCUUAUUUACCUUGAAGAACUACUAAAAUAGUGAUUUUGUCAGACAGCAUAGGCAGCAUCUCUAUAGAGAUGAGAUGAAGACUUGGAAUGAAAUAAUAGUAAACAAAUGUAAUAUACACAACAACAGAAAUAUUUAUUAAAGGAAAGUAAUGUGAAUAACUGAUGGUUAAUAAGUGAUAAGCAGUAAUGAACAGUCACUACCAUCAUGGGACUUUUAUUAAUUGUUUUAUUCUGUGUUACAGCAUUCAUCCCACAUAAUGCAUAGUGCAUUACGAAAUCGUGAUAAUUUUUUUAUAAUCGAACCGAACCCGAACAGACCUCAAAAUGCACUAAUUGCUCAGCACUAUGAACAGGAGAACCAUCUGUGGAUGACCACCAGUUGAUCUCACCUCAUUAUUUAAUAAUGUGUUGUAGUGAGUAUGUGUUGUAGUGAGCCUUGACCAGCUGUACCUUACAAAUUCACAAUCAUUUGAGUUCAUUUGGAGAAUGUGUUCGAUUGUGUGCUUUAGUUGAUGAUAAAGACUUUGCAUUCCAACCAUGAUUUCUUAAAACUCAUGCAGGCCAAUGUGGUGUGUGUGGUCUAUGACGUCACCCAGGAGGAAACGAUAGACAAGGUACCCUCUCUCACACGUCUUAAAAAUGUCCUUCUUAGAGAAACCAAUAUGGAAGCAUUUGGCAUGGUAUAACAAUAAUUUGUAUAAUGUAGCCUACAGUAUGGGACCAAUAUGAUAAAUUUGAGAUUUUAUUAGUGUUUUGUUAUAAUUUCAUAUGCUUCUCACCUUUCAGAUCCGAACAAAAUGGAUCCCCUUGGUAAAUGGCGAAGCAGAGAAGGGGAAUAAGUAUGUAUAUACUGUUGUUUAAAUUACAUGUGCUUGUGCUUAGGAGCUUGUGUGCGUUGUCUUUGCCUGAAAGUGUUGUGCUUGAACUAGCCUCCUUGGCCUUUGUGUCAUAAAACAUUAGAUAUCUUUGAUCUUAAAUUCAUUCCUUAUGAUGUCACAGAGUUCCCAUAAUCCUAGUGGGGAAUAAAUCGGACCUUCGCUCUGGGAGCUCCAUGGAGACCAUUCUACCUAUCAUGAACCAGUUCUCUGAGAUUGAGACCUGUGUAGAGGUGGGGCUCGCAUCUCAAACUCACUCUCUUCAGCUGCCUCCCCACUCACUCACUCAACGCAAUGAGGACCUGAUUUCACACCAAUAAUUACGUGCACCGAUCUUAUGCAAACAAUAAUUAGUCAAACUGUUUUUGUUUGAACACACCUAUGAUUGGGCAAACCUGAUGUUUUGACUUUCCUCUCCCAAGUGUUCUGCCAAGAACCUGAAGAACAUCUCUGAACUGUUCUACUACGCUCAGAAGGCUGUGCUCCACCCCACCGCCCCGCUCUACGACCCGGAAGACAAACAGGUCAGCCAUUUUGGGGACAUGAGGACAUUUUGAGGAUAGCUUUAGCUUAUACCUUUGGAAUGACCUGGUUUUAUUGUGGAGUCUUGCUUUGUUGAGUGUUAACUGUGUCUGUGUGCUGAUGUUACUUCCAGUUAAAGUCAAUGUGUGUCCGAGCACUCAGCCGAAUCUUCAGCAUCUCAGACCAGGACCAUGACCGCAUCCUCAGUGACACUGAACUCAACUGCUUCCAGGUGAGAAUCAAAUAACACUCAUCCAUCCAUCCAUGAAUCUAUUAAUAGAUACAUGCGCGCACCACGUACAUGCGUAGAGAUAAAAAUCAAUUGCAGGUCAGGUGUAAGACUGGCCAGGCCAUUCGAACAGCCGGGUAUAGUUUUAACUCAAUGCGUGUGUGCGGUUCCUCAGAAAUCGUGCUUCGGGAACCCUCUAGCCCCCCAAGCUCUGGAGGACGUGAAGACGGUGGUGUGGAAGAACACGAGCGACGGGGUGCAGGAUAACGGCCUUACCCUGAACGGUGAGGGAUGAACCUACAGUGAGAUGGCUCAGCCUUUAAUGAUAUAGGACAUGUUGGGUUUAGCCUCUGUUGCUAGUAGUGGCAAUAGUUAGUAGGGAGCCUAUGUGAUAAGAUAGAACAGACAUGAUUCUAAUUGUAUCCUCUACCACCAGGCUUCCUGUUCCUCAACACGUUAUUCAUCCAGAGGGGUCGGCACGAGACCACGUGGACCAUCCUGAGGAAGUUUGGUUACGAUGACUCGCUGGAGCUGACGGAUGACUACCUAUACCCACAGUAUGUGUUCUGGCUCCACUACUGUAUGUUUCUGACCCACUCACAGACAUAUGGUAGAAACAUUUGGUUACCUCCCCUAUGUUGUAAUGUGAUAUUGAAGAUGAUACUGCACAAGUAUUGUCACACAGGUUUUUGGUGUGUCAGAGUUUUCCAGAAAACAUCCUGCCCUUACACGAUUUAUGUUCAUUUAUCAAGCCAGAGCGGUAGAUCGUCUGUUAGCUAAACCUCAGACCAGUAGUGUCUUGUGUGUGUACGGUAAGCCCAGGUAUUUAUAUGACUGUUUGUUGUGUGUUGCCAGGCUACGGGUGCCCGUGGGCUGCACUACCGAGCUCAAUCAUCUGGGUCACCAGUUUCUCCAGAGGCUUUUUGACAAGUAUGACGAGGUGUGUGACCGCCUCAGUGGCCAUCAAUCAGGAAGUCAAUUUAUAUCCAUCUGUCUAUUUGUCAACAAAGCACUAAGCAGGUUAUAUUUUAAGUGUAAAGAGAAUACACAUUUUUAAGUGGAAAUCCCCAGUUCAUUUUAAGCAUUAAAAUUGACCCCCACUCUAACAACAUGGCUGUUUUUAGGGCUGCUGAAAGUUUGUUAGGACUUAAUGGGGCGUUUUACCCCUCUAUCAAUAUAUAUUUUUUUACUCCAGGAUAAGGACUCUGCCCUCUCUCCUGCGGAGCUCAAGAAUCUCUUUAGUGUGUUUCCCUACAUGCCCUGGGGCGCAGACGUGUACACGGCGGUCUCAACCACAGACGAGGGUUACAUCUCUAAUCAUGGCUACAUGUGUCAAUGGACGUGAGUAUUGGGGGUUUUUAUGUUUAGAAUUUAUGGGGUUUUUUAUGUUUAGAAUUUCAGUGUAAGCAGGUCCGUGAGUAUAAAUGAAUGUGUUAGGGUAUUUAGGUUAGGACAAUGAGUGUUCCUAUUCUGUUCUCCUCUAGCUUCACUAAUGUGACUUCCCUCCAUAUACAGGCUUUCAGCAUACCUUGACAUCCAUCGCUGUCUGGAGUUCUUGGGAUACCUGGGCUACCCUAUUCUCACUGAGCAGGACUCCCAAACCACUGCAGUCACAGGUCUGUGUCUGUAUGCAUUUUUUUUAGAUUGCUGCAAGUAGCCUCUCUAGGAAGAUAGACUGUAUGUUAACUAGAUCCUAUAAUCCUAGCGCCAUAGUAAACCUCACUCGCUGUACAUAGAUUAGGAUUAGAACUAUAAUCUGGUUCAGUAAAGGCCCUACAGACAGAAUUAUAUACAGUAAAUGUAUGCCUUCUGAGGAUGUACAAUGACACUGAAGGGUCAACUUUGAAUAUGCUAUUUGACUGGUGUGAAGACUUGAGUGUGUGGUGUAGUUAUUAUAUGCGCUGCUAACACAACAUUUACACAUUAUUUGAGGGUACCAAUAAUAAUGCCAUAGUCGCAUUCCUUCAAUUGGUCAAUUAGUAAAUUAACCUCAACCCACCUUCCAGUGAAACCUAGUGGGAUUGGUUAAAGCUCAAACUUGUAUCCACAAGGGUGCUUCUAGAACGCUGGUUGGUGUGAGUAAAAAUGAGGGCGUGGCUGCAUGGAGUAGCAGGAUUAGGGUAGGGUGAGGUAAGAGUCUCUCACGCACUCAGCCUGUGCCGCAGGGUUGAGCAGGUUUAGCUGACCCUGCUAUAAAUGUGGGAAUGGUCCAACCACCUUAGAUCCAAUUCUACAUUUCCCCCACGUUACCCACAAGGGGAAAUAUGAUUAUGUUUGAAAUGCUUUGAUAGUACUCCAUCUUAUUAAUCAAUGGUUCCCUGUCCUGAUAUGUCUGUCUGUUGGUGUAUGUGUACUCCCUUUGUUUUCGGUGUGUGCGUUGGCACUGUCUGUGUCUGUCUGUGUGUGUGUGUGUGUGUGUGUGUGUGUUGGCACUGUCCGUGUGUGUCCCUCUGCAGUGACGCGGGAGAAGGCUGUGGACCUGGAGAAGGGCCAGACUCAGCGAUCAGUGUUCCUAUGUAAGGUGAUCGGACCGCGGGGGACUGGGAAGUCUGCCUUCCUCCAGGCCUUCUUUGGCCGAAAUACAGCGGUACGAUCAUCUCGCUGUUGUUUACCUGUUAUUUAGACUAAAUAGCGAUACAGAAUCACACAUUGCUGGAGGAACUGUUUAGUACUUUGUUACUAGUAGUACGCCUUGAACUCUUCAUUGUAAAACCAUUCCGCUUCAUCAAUAUGUGUUCGAGCUGGGAAAUGAUGUUGAAAACCCCAACUACUAGCAUUACUACAACUAAUGAUGAGAGUAACAGUCGUGUGUUUGUUUCAGAGAGAGGAGCGUUCCACCGGUGCCUUUUCCUUCUACACCAUAAACACUGUCCAAGUUAGCAACCAGGAGAAAUUCCUCAUUGUGAGUUCCUUACCUUUUACUUUGACCUCAACUGUGACCCCUGACCUUUGGUAGAGUACAGUAGCCUCACCUCCCAUCUGUCGUCUUCCCCUGGCAGCUCUACGAGGUGGACGUGGAAACAAAGUUCCUGAAGGAGUCGGACGCGGCGUGUGACGUAGCCUGUCUCAUGUAUGAUGUCAGCGACCCCCACUCCUUUGACUACUGUGCCAGCAUCUACAAGGUGUGUGGCAUCUCAUGUCUUCUUCAGAGCUUCUCUGGUUUUCACAGAUAUGAUCAGGAAUCUGUUCUUCAAUGUUUCACUCUUCUCUUUUUCUCUUCCUCCCUCUCUUUCUUCCCCACAUCCUCUUUCUCUUCGCCAUAUCCCAUUCUUCUUCAUCCACAUCGGUCUACUUUCCUUUCUGUAGCAACACUACAUGGACAGCAAUAUUCCCUGUGUGAUGGUGGCCUCCAAAGCGGACCUCCCCGAGGUGAGACAGCUCCACGGGAUGACCCCGGCAGAGUUCUGCUACAAACACCGACUGCCUCCGCCGCUCCCCUUCUCCGGCCUGUCCCUGGACUCCACCAGCAAGAACAUCUACACCAAGCUAGCUUGGGCCGCCAUGUUCCCGUACGUAUUAGUUCUCUGACUGUCACAUUUGGCAAUCUGUUGGUCACUCUGUUUAUCACUCACCAUUGAAUCUAUAGUUUGGCGAUUCAGUGUUGAGAAACUUUUCAUACGCUGUAGUAGUCGGCACCUUUAUGAGGUUUCAUAUGUCAGUUCAUUGAUGCCUUUGUCUCCCCUCCACAGACACCUGAACGGCUCCGACAUGAGCAACACAUCCUUCUGGCUGAGAGUGACGCUAGGAGCAGCAGUGGUCGCGGUCCUAGGCUUUGCAAUGUACAGAGCUUUCGCCCGACAGAAAUGACUGGGGUCCUGACUGGAGCCCCCCUUCCCUCUUUUUCCCUCAACCCUAAUCUCUAGACCAGCCUUCAAGACCAACCCUCCAGACACACUCCAGACCAACCGCCUAGACAAACUAGACCAGACAGACAAAACAGAGAUCAAUUUUACUUCGUCAUCAUUUAUACCCUAACCUCCCCUCUCCUUGUCUUUGCUCUACUCUUCCAGUCUACUCCACUUAGUCACGUCUUCUUGACUGACUGACUAAUUAUCUCAGUCAAAAUGGAGGCACGUGACCAUAUCUCUCACCCUCUCCUGACCUCUUGCUCGCUCUGCCUUAUGGUGUCAAAAUCCAGGCUAAGGAGGUAGCCUCGCUGUGCGCAAUGGCAACGCAACGAUUCCCCCAAGAGCUGCUACGAAUAUGUGGGUGCUUUAUCAAAUGAGGAUAUGCAGAUACAAGGAAGAGAUACAUUUCAAACCCAAUACUUAUCGACAAUCAUCCACAAGGUGUUCAGGAGAAUGGAUAGAUAGGUUUUAUUUUUAAUGUGUGGUCUUGUCUAAGGAAAAGAACCUCAAAAUGUAAUAGCAAUUUGGAAGAAAAUAUCAAACUUAAAAAAGGCUGGUGCUGGUUAGAAACCAAAGGGCAUAAUGGCAAAUUCAAACAGUCCAUAUCAUGAAGGGGGGGGUUGAAGACAGAUGGCCUGAAUGCAUCUGUCAGACAACCCCAAGCCUUAGAGCACCAGCUAUGGAGGACCCUGCUGCAAGGACGUAACAGAGCAACAGACACUGAGCGGGCACAGGAAGUCCCCUGC